AGGGUCUCCUUGAAGAGGUUCAGGGCGUACGAGAAGCCCCUUUUCCGUUUCGCUUCGUUUCCUUUCCUUUCCUUGCUUCGCAGCGUGAUUACGCGCAGGUUGAAGUGUUCCAGGAUUACGCUUCCAUGGCGACCCCGACGGAGUCAGUGCAGUGCUUUGGCAGGAAGAAAACGGCUGUGGCUGUGACCUACUGCAAGAAGGGCAGGGGUUUGAUCAAAAUCAAUGGCUGCCCUAUCGAGCUUGUGGAGCCCGAGAUUCUCAGAUACAAGGCCUUCGAGCCAGUGCUGCUCUUAGGCAGGCAGAAGUUCGCCGGCGUGGACAUGCGCAUCCGCGUCAAGGGUGGAGGUCACACCUCACAAAUUUACGCCAUCAGGCAGAGCAUUGCUAAGGCUCUAGUAGCGUACUUCCAGAAGUACGUCGACGAGCAGUCGAAGAAGGAGAUUAAGGAUGUGCUUUUGAGGUACGACAGGACUUUGCUUGUUGCUGACCCCCGUCGCUGCGAGCCCAAGAAGUUCGGAGGUCGUGGUGCCCGUUCUCGGUUCCAGAAGUCUUACCGUUAAGCACCGAAGCGAUUGGAGUUGUUGGGGUGGUGGUGGAGAUGCUGUACACGAUAUAUCUUUUCUGACAGGGGAGAUCCUUAGGGUUUUUGGUUUGGGUGACCUAAAAUUUAGGUUUGUGAAUCUUAGAUUGUGUGGAUUCCUCCACCUGCGGUAAUGCUUUGAAACGUCUGAUAUAAUACACAAAACAGAGCUUCACUAAUUUUUUGAUUAU